AUGCUUAGUCGAGGCUGGAGAAACCACAGCUCUGUGACUGAGUUUAUCCUCCUGGGCUUCUCUAGAAACCCCAAAACCAACUGGAUCCUUUUCUUCCUCUUCCUCUUCCUCUACUUAUUUACAGUCCUGGGCAAUGGGCUCAUUGUUACCCUGAUCAGAGUGGAUGCACGCCUCCACACGCCCACGUACUUCUUCCUCAGCAUCCUCUCUCUACUGGAUCUCAGCUAUGCCACCACCACGGUGCCCCAGAUGCUGGUCCAUCUGGUAAGCAAGCAUAAGACCAUCUCCUACGUUGGGUGUGUGGUCCAAAUGUACAUUUUCCUAACCUUAGGCAUCACUGAGACCUGGGUUUUUGUAGCCAUGGCCUAUGACAGAUAUGUUGCCAUAUGCUAUCCACUCCACUAUGGGGUCCAGAUGAGCCAAACCCUGUGUGUAUUCCUAGCAGUCAGCUCUGCCCUUUGUGGUCUCACCUGUGCUCUUGUCUACACAGUCUUUGCAAUGAAUCUGCCCUACUGUGGCCCCAAUGAGAUCAACCACUUCUUUUGUGAAAUUCCUGCUGUCUUGAAGUUGGCCUGUGCAGACACGUCCCUCAAUGACCAAGUGGACUUUAUCUUGGGUUUCAUCUUACUUCUGAUCCCAUUAUCCCUCAUCCUAGCCUCAUAUAUUCGUAUCUUCAUGGCUAUUCUAAGGAUUCACUCCACCCAAGGGUGGAGCAAGGCAUUCUCUACCUGUGCCUCCCACGUCACUGUGGUCACCGUGUUCUGCAUUCCAUGCAUGGUCAUGUACAUGAGGCCUGACUCUGAAGCCUCCCCAGAUGAUGACAAGAAGCUGGCCCUGUUCUACAACGUCAUCUCUGCCUUUCUUAACCCCAUUGUCUACAGCCUCCGGAACAAGGAUGUAAAGAGGGCUUUCCUCAAGUUGAUUGGAAUAAGUGAGGAGACUUGA